CCCUUCAACGUGACUUUACCGAAAGAGCUAAGAAUAAGAAUUGAUUCGUAUCGAGAUCUGAUACCCGUGUUGUGUUGAACUUAAUUACAGGACACUGAAUAAUUUGGAUAGACCUAGGCUGACUGAACACUAUGUCCGCGUUUGGUCUAUGGAAAAGGUGGAAACUCUUCAGUACACGACAAUUACAUAAAAUGUGUUCCUGACCUGUUUGUACGAAAUUAUUGUUGACAUUAUCCGUCUCGCGUAAAACGCUGCUUAAGACAACUGGCCAAACAUCCCAAAUCAGGACCAUGUAUGGCUUCGCUGAGACUUAAAUUCCAAACCCUGCUCAAACAUUGUGAUUUUCUCAUUUCUAUUGGUGCCCUCGAAACAGGGUGAAUGGAAAUUCCACAUUUUCCCCGUGACCGGUGGAUUGGAGAUGGGGGGGGGUUUGCCACACGGAUUUGUCCACCCGCUCCAGUUACUGUAUUCAGGUUGUGGUGGCUUUAUUUUUAAAUGCCCCAUGCAGGCUGGGAGCCACAGCGCUCCCAGCGGCCGCCUGGGGAAAGAGGCCUUGCAAUGAGCGGGUAACGGCGUGCGGCAGGACGCAGAGAGCACAGAGAAGAGGAGGAGGAAGCGAGAGAGAGCGAGGGGAGAGAGGGAGAGAGAGGAGGGAGUGGAGUGAGACGAGGAGGAGGAGGCGCUCGUCCCGGCUGCCCGAGCUCACAGCAGCGGACGAAGCCUGCGGCUCUUGGCGCGGCGCGGUGGUGGUGGUGGUUGUGGUGGUGGUGCGCCGCCCGUGUGCGUGGUCGAUGGGAGGGAGCGGUGGCGCGGUGGUUGGCGCACUGCGCUAGGAAUCCGUGAAGAGUUCCAUUCCCCGCGCUCACGGCCAACGUCGGUGGUGAUCGUCUGGAACGGUUCUUGGGCCUCCCCUAGGUCGGCUCGGCCCUAAAUCUACCUGCGCGCGCCCUUCCUUCCUGCAGGCGUGCAUCACGCUCCUGGGCAUUGUCCUGUGAAUCAGCAGCAGCAGCAGCUCCUGUAGAACCUGUCACGGAAUAGAGCCCCCGACAUGGCCGUGUCGGCGAGGGACCCGUCGUGUGCCGGGCGCCGGCGGUGCGACUCGCAGGCCCGGUACAGCCUCAACCCCGAGAGCCUGCGUGGCCUUUCCGGAGGUGGCAGCGCUGCGGGCCUCGUGUCGGAUGGCCGGCGGGGCCUGUCCCCCGAGGGUGGCCGUGCGGGCGUCUCGUUGUCCGCGGCCGGGCCCCUGUCGCCGGGGGAGCUGCACCCGGGCCUGGGCGAACCGGGCUCCGGCGGCGUGGUCCGUGCCAACAGCGACACGGACCUGCUGAGCUCCGACUCCCGCUCCAGCCUCACGGCGAGCAGCUGCGACUACUCGGUGGGGCAGGCCAGGCCCCUCGUCAUCUCGUGGGACAUCAAGGAGGAGGUGGACGCCACCGACUGGAUCGGCCUCUACAGCAUCGACGAGACGUCUCCGGGCAACUUCUGGGACUCAAAGAACCGCGGCGUGAAUGGCACCCAGAAGGGCCAGAUUGUGUGGCGCAUCGAGCCACGGCCGUACUUCACCGAGUCGGAGACCAAGAUCUGCUUCAAGUAUUACCACGGAGUGAGCGGGGCGCUGCGCGCGGUCACCCCGUGCAUCACCAUCCGCAAUCCCAACCCUACGGCCAGCCUGGAUGGGACGAGCGAGGACGAUGAGCCAGGCCAGCACACGCGUCGGCUCAUCAGCUUCUCCCUCUCUGAGCUGCGUGCGACGGCGCUCAAGAAAGGGAUGUUCUUUAACCCGGACCCGUACCUCAAGAUCUCGAUCCACCCCGGCAAGCGCAGCACCUUCCCUACACUGCCACACCACGGCCAGGAGCGCCGCUCCGGCAUCGUCACCAACACCACCAACCCCGCGUGGCAGGGCGAGGGUUACAGCUUCGUGGCUCUCCCCACCGACAUGCUGGAGAUUGAGGUGAAGGACAAGUUUGCCAAGAGCCGACCCAUCAUCCGCCGCUUCCUCGGCAAACUGGGCAUCCCUGUGCAGAGGCUGCUCGAGAGACACGCCAUCGGUGAUCAGGUGCUGAGCUACAAUCUGACGCGAAGGAUGCCCACCGACCACGUGAGCGGCCAGCUGCAGUUCCGCUUCGAGAUCACUUCCUCCAUGCACCCAGACGCAUCGCCCGACUCGGCGGGGGCCUACAUCGGCGUGUCGGCCACGAACGGCGACGUGACCAGCCCCUCGGACGACGAAGAGCAGACCCAGACGAGCGGCGGCACCCUGGGAGCCGCCCAGAGGUCCUACGCUAACGGCGCCGUGCAGAGGGGGCUGGAGGAAGCACGCCCGCACGACGACGUGUUCGCCGAGGACGCCAGCGUGGCCGCGUGGGCCGGCGAAGGGGCCUUGGAGGAGGCGGACGCGGCCGCCGCCGCGGCCGCUGCGUCUGCCGCCGAAGCUGCCUCCAACAGGCACGGCUCCCUCAACGAUUACCUGGACUCCUUGGUGGAGGGGCAGGCAGCGGCCGCCGCUCAGCGCCAGGGCCACCGCGUGACGCCCGCCGUGGCCCUCAGCAGCAGUUUCCCAACAAACAGCAGGCUGAACACGAUCCUGUACAUCGACUCGGACUGCGAGAGUCCCGGCACGCACCCCGGCGAGCAGAGGGUGCCCCAGCUGGUGAGGAGCGAGGCGGGCUUCCCCGAGGGUCUGUCGAACCGGACCGGGGACGCGGGGGCGCGGACGCGCUCGUCGCUCUCCCCGUUGGGGGAGGCUCGGCCCGCGGCGGAGAUGCGGCCCUUGUCGCUGGUCGUGUCAGAGCUGGAGAGCGUGGAGGCCUCGGUGCUGGAGAUGCGCCAGCCGACCACCCCGCGCACCCACUACGUGGCGCUGCACCGCCUGCUCUACAGCCUGCCGUCCACGCGCCUCACGGGCGGCGACGACGGCGACGGCGACGGCGGCGGCGGCGGUGACGGCGGCAACGGCGACCCGCGGGGCCGGCACGCGGCCGCGGUUGGAGGUGGCACUAGGCCGGACGACGACAAUGGCGGCGUCCGCGACGGGUCCCCGGGAUCGGAAGGGGCCGACGGCGCGGAGCGAACGUUGGAAGACAACAGAGCUGUGCUGGGUGCCGGCGACGAGGAAGUGGGCCCUAUUGGGGUGCGGCGGCCCGAGCGAAGCCCAGAUUGGGACGAGGCGAGACCAGAGUGCCCCGCCGGAGCCGAGCGGAGCGCCGCGGAGAGGCUCGGGAGCGGAGACGGCGCCGAGGAGCGGAGAGGCUCCGCCGUGGUGGCGUUUGACGGGACGGCCGAUCCGGACGUCCCCGUCUGCAACGUGUUGGGAACCGAGAGCGUAGCGGAACCGAGCCCGGGCCGCAUGGUCUCGGACGGGGGCGGCUCCCGAGAGGAGGAGGCCCCCGAGGAGCACGAAGCGGGUGGGGCAGGGAGUCCCCUCGCGGAGGCGGCCGCGUCGGACGUGGAGACGGGAGGCCGGACGCCGGAGGGAGUCGUGAACCGGGGCGAUGCAGCGUGUCCGGCGUGCUCCGCUACGCGCGUCUCCUCCCUGGACAGCGGCACCACCACGUGCGUGUCGUCCUUCGACAGCGCCCGCCUCUCGGAGAGCACCGCCUUCUCGUCGCAGGACGAGGACGAGGCCUCCGUUGACGCGGCCACAGAUGGGACGGCCGAGGGGAGCAGGACUCAGGGCGCGGGCGGCCGGGCGUGCUGCGGCGCGUGCGGAGGGAUGGCGACCGCGGCCGGAGUCCCGGAGCGCGGCGAGGCCGACGGCCGGGGCCCGGACAACGAGGAGGCGAUCUGGCAGCGACGCCACAGCCUGCAGGCGGCGACCCAGGAGGCGGAGGCCGACGAGGUGGCCAGGGCCUUGCCAGCCACCGCGUGUCCCUCCGCAGAUGAGCCUCCCUCACGGGAGAGCAGCCACCCGCCCCUGUGCCAGCUGCCCUCCAUCCGGCAGGACAUGAGUCGCUACCAGCGUGUGGACGAGCCCCUGCCGGCCAACUGGGAGGCCCGCAUCGACAGCCACGGCCGUGUCUUCUACGUGGAUCACGUGAACCGCAUGACCACCUGGCAGCGGCCCACGGCCUCCUCCUCCCCGCAGGUCCUGCAGCGAUCCAACUCCAUCCACGCCGUGCAGCAGAUGGAGCAGCUCAACCGACGGUACCAGAGUGUGCGUCGCACCAUGACCAGCGACCGCUCUGCGGCGGAGGAAGAGGGUGGAGCGGUGGGCGGAGCCAGCAGCGACGGGGCCCCUGGGCCCGGCGAGGAGGAGGAGCCGGACGCAGCCCCUCCCAUCAGCGAUCAGCAGCGGCGGGACUCUGCGCCUGCCGGACACCACAUGAUGCACACGAGGAUGAGCCUCUUGCUCCAGUCGCCCGCCGUCAAGUUCCUCUCUUGCCCGGACUUCUUCACGCUGCUCCACUCCAACCCCAGCGCCUACCACCUGUUUGCUAACAGCACCUGCCUGAAGCACAUGAUCAGCAAAGUGCGGCGCGACUCGCACAACUUUGAGCGCUACCAACACAACAGGGACCUGGUGGCCUUCCUCAACACCUUCUCCAACAAACAGCUGGAGCUGCCGCGUGGAUGGGAGAUGAAGUACGACCACCAGGGUAAGCCGUUCUUCGUCGACCACAAUGCGCGCACCACCACCUUCAUCGACCCGCGUCUCCCCGUGCAGAGCGCCCGCCCCCCGGGGCCUAUCGCUCACCGCCGCCACCUGCAGCGCCAGCGCAGCCACAGUGCCAGCGAGGUCGGCGACGAUCAGAGGCACCACGGGCCGCCUGUCACACCGCGCCCCGCCAACACCCUCAGCGUGAGCGGCCGCUACCCCUACCACGACUCCAUGCCCAUCGCAUACAACGACAAAAUUGUCGCAUUUCUCCGGCAACCCAACGCAUUUGAGAUUCUUCAAGAGAGGCAGCCGGGUCUCAGCAGACACCCCUCUCUCAGGGAGAAGAUCCAGUUCGUGCGCAGCGAGGGCACGUCGGGCCUGGAGCGCCUCUCGGGCGACGCCGACCUCGUCAUCCUGCUCAGCCUCUUUGAGGAUGAAAUCAUGUCGUUCAUCCCGCCGCACUCCCUGCUGCACCCCAGCUACACGCAGUCCCCACGCAGCUCGCCGGGGUCGUCGCCGCAGAACUCCCCCGGAUCGCAGCGCGCGAACGCCCGCGCCCCGGCCCCUUACAAGAGAGACUUCGAGGCGAAGCUGCGCAACUUCUACCGCAAGCUGGAGUCCAAGGGAUACGGACAGGGUCCCGGCAAGAUCAAGCUGGUCAUCAGGCGCGACCAUCUACUGGAGGACGCCUUCAAUCAGGUGAUGGCCCACUCGCGCAAGGACCUGCAGAGAAACAAGCUCUACGUUACCUUUGUGGGCGAGGAGGGGCUGGACUACAGCGGGCCCUCCCGGGAGUUCUUCUUCCUGGUGUCGCGAGAGCUCUUCAACCCCUACUACGGCCUCUUUGAGUACUCGGCCAACGACACGUACACCGUGCAAAUCAGCCCCAUGUCGGCCUUCGUGGACAACCAUCACGAGUGGUUCCGGUUCAGCGGGCGGAUCUUGGGCCUCGCCCUCAUCCACCAGUACCUGCUGGACGCCUUCUUCACACGGCCCUUCUACAAGGCUCUGCUCAGAACGCCGUGUGAUCUGAGUGACCUGGAGUACCUGGAUGAGGAGUUCCACCAAAGCCUGCAGUGGAUGAAGGACAACGACAUCACGGACAUCCUGGACCUGACCUUUACCGUCAACGAAGAGGUGUUCGGACAGAUCACGGAGAGGGAGCUGCGACCGGGCGGAGCGCACAUGGCCGUGACAGAGAAGAACAAGAAGGAGUACAUCGAGCGCAUGGUCAAGUGGCGCGUGGAGCGUGGCGUGGUGCAGCAGACCGAGAGCUUGGUGCGGGGCUUCUACGAGGUGGUGGACGCGCGGCUCGUGUCAGUGUUUGACGCCCGCGAGCUGGAGCUGGUGAUCGCUGGCACGGCCGAGAUCGACCUGCUGGACUGGAGGACCAACACAGAGUACCGUGGCGGAUACCACGACAGCCACAUCGUCAUGCGCUGGUUCUGGGCGGCCGUGGAGAGGUUCAACAACGAGCAGAGGCUGAGGCUGCUGCAGUUCGUCACGGGCACGUCGAGCAUCCCGUACGAGGGGUUUGCCGCGCUGCGCGGCAGCAACGGGCCCCGCAAGUUCUGCAUCGAGAAGUGGGGCCGGAUCACCUCGCUGCCCAGAGCUCACACGUGCUUCAACCGCUUGGAUCUGCCUCCCUACCCGUCGUACGCCAUGCUCUACGAGAAGCUGCUCACCGCCGUGGAAGAGACGAGCACCUUCGGCCUGGAGUAAGCAGCCCCAAGAGCGACUGCCGCCGACCGGCACCCUGCACCCCCGGGGCCUCCCGCAGCCUCCUCGAGCACAAGUGGCGAGAGACGCACGGAGGUGUGCCAGGGCUCUGGAGUGUGUACGCAAACCGCCGCGUCUCCGCCCGCUCACCGCUGCGGUUACGUCGAGGAAGUUUUGGUGGCCUUGGGAUUGGACGCCGCACUGCGUUGUGAAUACUAGAUCCUCUUGUCGCCCACAUUGUGUAAUUUAAAUGUGUCCUGAAGCGUGGAGAUUAGAAAGCAUGAAGAAAAAAACAACUUGCGAUUGAUUCCACAUCCGAGCACAGAAGCCCUCACCGCCGAGUAGGCCGGCCCAUGGCUAACCAGCGCACAGUCCACAGUUGUCGUUUUGACAAAGACGGCUAGGGGACAUGAAUGGGGCUGGAGGCGUGAGCGGUCUCGUCCGUUACAGCGACGACGACACGUCUUUCGUUUGCCCACUCCCCGCGCAGGGUGGUAGCACAAAGCGCAGCUGUGGGGUCCUGGAUGCUGCAUUGCAGAAGGAUGUCUUCAUCAGCCACCUCCGGGGAAGUCAACCGUGUGGUGCCGCAGAUAUUGUUGCCAUUGUUUGGACAACCUCCAAGCGCCACGCCACACAAAUAUGCCCCAAGAUUCCUGCGGUAGCACCACGAAAUGAUGCCCGAUUAGUGUAAUAAUAAUAAUAUUUAAUUUGUAUUUAUUUUUUAUUCGGCAUCAGUCAUGAAGAUCGCGGAUUCAAACGCAGGCUUUUUUGUUGCACGGUAAACCACAGACAAUUGCCCAAGUUCUGCGGUUCUAUAAUGGGAAUGUUUGGCUGACCCCGCGCGUUCGAGGGGAGGGGGGAUGGCGGUAAUGCUCAAUCCCCACACAGAAAGGGAUUAACCCACUUACACACCAUGGACAAGCCAGGAUUUUGUGUCCGUGACUCCCCACGUCGUAGGGAGUUUUCUGAGUUUGUGUGAUCCUCCAACCCUCGGAGAAUAAAAGUGUCGCUGAUGACACCUGCACGGUGCACUUAAAACUAAAACUAAACUAUUUUUUAUUUUUUAUUGAACUAUUUUUAUUUUAUUCGCGAAGGCCCACUGAGCUAUAUAGCUCUUUUUCAGAAGCGACCUGGCCACAAAUGAUAGCUCAACGAGAA